AUGACUGCUCGUCGCCGUCUGCGGCUGCUGCUGCUGCUCUCGGCGGUCGCUCUCGUCACCGCGUCGGCGCUAGAGCCCCGCACUGGACACGCGGAGCAGCUUGUCGCGGUCACGCUCGUGGACGGCACGACGCGGGAGCUGACGGCCGUCGAGUUCAACGAGCUGGCACAGCAGCGCGCAGCUGCCCAGCCGCCGCUACCGCAGGACAAGAGCGACGGAGCGGACGUGCGAGAAACCAAGACCGCGCAGCUCGCGACGCUGGACGCGCCGUUUGCGCUGCACAUUGCGCUCGCGAGACGCGCGUUCCACGAGGUCCAACGACAUGGGUAUGCCCAGGGGUACGCGCUGGCCGGGUAUAGUGAGCAGGCGACGCGGUCGGCCGCGAGCGACUACUACGUGGAGCUCGUGCUGCACGCCACAAGGGACGCGACGAGUGGCGUCGAGGCCAAGACAGGCACUGGCACAAGGCGACGACGCGACGACGCGCCGCUGCGGGUGGAAGUGCAGCUGCUGCUGGACGCCCAGCAGCGCGUGUCGGUGCUGGCGGCGUGGGAACUGAGCGACGAGGAGCCACUGCGGGGGCAGAAGCGGACGCGGCUGGUGCAGCUGGCGAUCCAGCCCACAGCUGCGAUGCUGGAGCGCGAAGCGGCACGCGACCGCAGCAAACCGGCCGUGGCGACGUGGCUCUUAGCUGGCGGGCUGGGGCUGGUGGCUGCAGGAGUGCUCGUCAUGUACAACACGCGUAAUCCGGUGCCGGCGCCCAAGCCGCGGCGUCGGUCCAGUGACGUCUGGGAGCUCGUGGACGAGCACGACCGACCGCUUAAGCUGAACGACCGUGAGAAGCGCAAAGAGGAGUGA